AAAAUGCAGAAUUUGAACCAUGAUAGUCAUAAUAUAAGAAUAAAAUGUCUGAAGCUGAUUGGUCAACUUGGUAAUGGUAACCUCGUGAUUGGCCAGUCACAGAAAAGUAUGUCACUUCUUGACAUUAUUAUCAGUUCAACACAGGAUUUUGAUUGGAGGGUUCAGCUGGUUGCCUUUGAGGCCAUCCUGGAAUGGCACAAAAGGGGAAUAGAAUUUGAUUGGCUGACCUACAAAUGUGCUCUCACCUCAUUGGAUGAUGAUCACGAAGGCAUUCGAUUGGUUGCCAUGAAAAUUAUCUGGAUCAUUGCACAACAGCAUCCUCACAAAUUUCUUUUGUCCAAUGGCAAUGGAAGCAAAAAGUUGAUUGAUGACUGCUUUGUUAAUUUAUGCGAAUUCAUGAAUGACUCUUCCCCCAAGGUCAGAACCCAGGCUGCAACGCUAUUGGGCUCCAUGCAUGGCGUUAGCUUGCAGUUCUUGAGUCAGACCCUCGAUAAGAAACUCAUGUCCAACAUGAGACGCAAGACCACCUCGCAUGAGAGGCAGAAAGAAUUAUUUAGAAGUGGGGAAUGGUCCUCUGGUAAAAAAUGGGGUGAUGAUAGCCCUAAGGAAUGUUUGGACGCCGACAGCAUAACCAUCAUCAGUGGAGGGGCUUGCGGUGCCUUUGUGCAUGGCCUCGAAGAUGAGAUCGCUGCCGUUCGCAACGCAUCAAUCGUCUCGAUGGGCGACCUCUCCUGUCGGCACGUGGACUUCAGCCACAUGUGCCACGACUUCAUCGUCGACAUGUUCAAUGAUGAGAUUGAUUCAGUCAGAUUGAAUGCCAUCAACAGUCUGGCCAAGAUGAGCAGGUCCAUUGUCAUGAGGGAGGAACAGCUUGAUAUCAUCGUCGGAGUACUCAAGGACUUUUACGCUGAAAUUCGGGAGGCCAUGCACGCUCUGCUGUGCUGCUGUCGUCUGGCCACGAAAUCAGGGAUGGACUCGCUAGUGAUGUCACUGCUGGAUAAUUUGACAAGAUAUCCAGAAGACAGGGUGUCCGUCUGGAGGGUGAUGAAGUCUUUGGGAGAGAACCAUCCGUCUCUCACCCUGUCUCUUCUGCCAUCUCUCUUAAGUGUACACCUCUACUUCGAAACCAGGGAACAUGAACUGGAUGACCCUUCCUACAUAGGAGUCCUCUUGAUGGUUUCGAACGCGGCUCCGCACUGUCCCACCAUGCCCGCCCUCUUGCCACAAUUCAUCCCACACCACUUCCUCCACCUCAAAAACAUGUACCCUGACCUAGUUCCAGAUAAUUGGUUCAGGCACAUGAAAGACCUAAUUCCCUACAAUUCUAUUGGACGGCCAUUCAAAAAUUUAGAGCACUCUCUGGCCAAUGAGAAGAAGAUCGUUUUGUUGAUUAUGUCAAAGUUGAAUGUUUCCAGGUGCCCGACGAAUUUGAGUGCUAUGUUCAGUUUGGUUGUCGAAGUGAUCAAAGAUUUGAAGAGGGUCAAUCAGCACACUCCUAUGUUGCAGUCGACCAAUUACUUUUCACAACUCUACCUUAAGUGUUUUGUCGAGCUAGUUCAGUCAAUGAAUCGUCAGAAUUCACAUACUGACGUCACGAAGGUGAAUUUUAGAACAACAACAACCAACAACAGCAACAACAACAACAGCAACAACAACGAAGACAUGAACAACAACUUCAAUGGCAAUGUCUUUGAUGGUGAAACUACAACUCUCACCUCAGUCUCACCUACCAUUAAAAAGCUGGUGAAAAUGAUCACAGCGAUCUCCAACCUAGCAGUCAGCCUCUCCGACGAACAGAACCAAGAACUCGACCGGCUGUCCUUAAUUAUUUCCGCCUACCACCUGUCAAUCAUCUUCACCGGCCUCAGUAAUCAGCAGAGGAGCGGGGCUUGUCUGGCCUACUUGAAGUUAUUCAAUUCCUAUAAGGAUAAGUGGAAGGUAGAGGGUGGCAGCAUUUUCAAGUGCCAGAAGUUCGAACUGAGGAAUCAAGCGACAGCAACGACGACAACAACGACAACAGAUUUUAUAGACAACUUGUCUAAAGAGUGCCUAACCCUGCAACCAUGUGACGCAACAAACUGUCACAGGGUGCUCGUCAGUGCCCUCAGAGUCUUCUCGUCGUCGUUCGUCUCGUCGUCAUCUUCCCCAUCGUCGUUGUCUUCAUUAUUUCCUUUCAUCAUGUUGGAUAAUCCCUUGAGGAUGACCACUGCGUCCAUUGUCGAACCUCCUGCCAGUUCCGACUUAAAUCAGACGGUGAUGCCAAAUUAUACGAUGGGAGUUAGGAUGGUUGUUAAGCUGUGGUGGGUGCAGCAGAUUGGCAACGUCAGAAUUCAUGUUAAAUACGCCGACGGUAAAGAGUACUUGAUUCUACCGCCUCUGGAGCACUUCAAGUCAGUUAAUAGUGCUGACCUGAGCUAUAAACUAAGUACAUAUGCGUACAUCAAUCAUCAGUGUUGGACAGAACCCUGCCCCGUUAAACUUCGGAUAGUUUAUCUCUGUUCAACGAAUUACGGUAAGAUGAUAGAUGAUAUAACCUCGCCAAAAACAUCAACGUCAGCAGCAGCAGAGGUAGUAGCUUCAGCGGCUUCUCGAGACGACGAUGAACAUGAUUAUAUUGAAUUGUCUGGAGUCUGUACUCUGAGUAUUCACCCAUCUCUACUUAGAGAUUCGUCUUCGUCCAUUCUUAACCACCAGAAGCCAUCCAAUAAUAAUAAUUAUUAUUAAUUAAGAUGAUUUCGUCAUUAGUUUUUAAUUGGUUAAUUAAUAUUUAUUGAUAAUAGUGGUAAUGAUAAUUAAGGACUAAUAACGAGAAUUUGGUUUAUUAAUAAAUUUCUGUUUGAUUUAAGAUUUUACGGAUCAAUUUUUUUAGUUGAUUUACUCCUCACACACAAACAGGUUUAACUAAAUUCAGAUUUUUGGUGAGGUUUAUAUACAUUUCUUAAUUAACGUACUAAUGCUCUCUUCGUUUAGUUUUUUAAUUUUUAAAAACUUAAAAUCGGUCAGAGUCUGAUUUUAACAUAAAAAAAAACAUCCGAGAAAGAAGAUACGUAGAAGAAAAGAUCAUGC